AAUUUGGCCAAAAAAAAGAAUCCACAAUUGAUGAUUCCGCACCGCACAUCCAUCGACCUGGAAUUCAUAGGCUCGCCGGAAAAAUAGCUCACUUCCCGGCCCCCAUUAUUGCUUGUUCACUUUCCCCAUCCCAUUCUUGGAAAUCUCUUCUUCUUCUUUUUUUCCCGUCUUCCCCUACAACCGCUGCAGGGGAAGAAGAAACAGGCUAGCUAAAAAAAAGCAAGCAGGCUUCCUUCUCCACUUCUCCGUUGUUGCACUUGCACCUCCUCUGAUGCAAUAAAAGCAUCGAGCAAGUUUACUAGGAUGGCUGUCAGCUUCAAAUACUGGGAUGACUGCGUCGACCCCCAGGACAUGGAAGCACUUUGGGCCGAUCCUGAAGUGAGAAGUGAAUGGAUUAAUGCUGGAGAGACAAAAGGACAGAAAGUCCACCUCUCCCGGGAUCCUGAUGGUCAGCCUUAUCUUACACAAACUGAGAUGAAGGCUGUAGCUGGGAUAAUCGUUCGCAGGCAUUUUGUUUCACAGAUAGAUUCGGACAUGAUUUGCGCUAUUGCAGAACUUGAAAGUGACAGACAACCUAUUGCUACACGUUAUAAUAAAAAAACUAAAGAAACUACUAUCGGGAUCAUGCAAAUUUUAGCAAAGACAGCGGAUUGGCUGGUCAGUGAGACAGGUUACCGGGAAUAUGAAGUGGAAGGGAAUUCAAAACUUUUGUACAGGCCCUUUGUAAAUGUGUAUCUUGGUGCUGCCUACCUUAGGUGGUUGUCAGAUUAUGACCAAAAAGAAAGAAGUGAAGAGUUCAUAGUGAGGGCAUAUAAAGGUGGUACGAAGAAGGCAACUCAUAAAUCAACUUUGCUGUAUUGGAGACGAUAUCUUUCAGUCAAGGAAAGCCUUCCUUCCAGAAAAGUUUUUGAAGUUGGUCCCAUGCUGGACAAUCCAUCUGUUUCUUCUACUCCAGUUCAACAGACUAAGACUACAGGUGCUGCCGAUGCAACUUGGGACUCUAAAGUUUCUUCAGAAGACAUGGAGGAGAUGUGGAAUCAUCCAGAUGUCAACAAAGAGUGGAGCAAAUCUGGAGAGAAACGGGGAAAAGUGAGAUUUUCCCACGACGCUGAGAAGAGACCCUAUAUUUCCCGGGUGGAAUUGAGGGUGGCUGCCGAAACUAUACUUUCAAAGUACUUUAGUACAAGAAGAGUAAAAGCAACAGCUUUAUGUGCUCUUGCUGAGAUUGUAAGCAUGCGUUUUGUGAAUGGGGUUGGACCGCGCCCGGGAGUGAUGGGAAUUGACUACCCCACAGCUUGCUGGCUUUACAAGGACUUGGGCUACAAGGCUUACAAAGUAGAGUCGGUUGAUGAUCUAACAAAGCCGUUUGUUUCCAUGUACUUCGGCGCUGCUUAUUUGGAUUGGCUAUCACAAUACGAAGGGAGGGAAAGGGAUCCCCAGUUUGUCGUUCAGGCUUAUCUUGCAGGGCCAAAGAAUGUAAACCUUCAGCAGACAGGUCCUCUUUGGCUUAAAUUUGAGGAAGCAUUAAGUCGAUACGAAGACUUAAAGGCGGAACAAGGGGCCUGCACCAUUUUGUGAAUUAUUUCCGGCGGUUUGUGAAAGGUCCAUUCUGUUUGGGUGCAAUGAUUUAAUUUGGGAGCUUUAGUGACAAUGCAGAUAAAUAGAAAACAUGUUUGUCAUACUAGAGAGGUAAAACAUGUAAGGAGUAAUGCUGCUUUCUUGCAAAUCUAUGGCUAUGAGUAUGUAAUGUGCAAGCAAAGGUUGUAAGCACCUUCUAAUGUUAAUUUUGAUGUUGGGGGAAUUCUGUAAUGUUAAUUUUGAUGUUGGGGGAAUUCUGUAAUAUCGCCGGCCUUGUCAUAUAAAUUUUUUGUCAAUAUACAUUUCUGCAUAUUUUUCUUUCCCCCUCUACGGGUCUUUCAAUAAAAAUCUGGUUUAAAGC